GCCUCAUAACUCCCGAGCGCUGGGGUCAUAAAGUGGCUUACUACAGUCUAGCUUGGAGGAGGGUCCAAGGGGGGCCCUUAGACGCCUGGAGGUCUUGAUCCCGUAACACUUUCAGGGCCCUGGCCUGUGUUCCGCUGCCUUAGCUAGUGUCGGAGCGUGCCCUUGAACCCGAGUGCCAGUUUCGCAAUCUGGUCCUAACAGUCUCCUAGCUGUGACCUCCAGCAAGUUAUUUAGCUUCUCAGAUCUUCUCCUCACUUUCCUUGACUGUAGGACAGUACCUAUGGCAAAGUGUUGUGAAUUGUGAGGCCAGACUAACUAGUUCCAAUCCCAGUUCUGCUGAACUGGUUGUGACUUUGGACAACCACUUAAUAAUAUUUCCAACCAUCUUUUUUUCUUUCUUUUCUUUUUUUUUGUCUAAGAUAAGAAGAAGGAUUAUUUGAUGGGCUGUUUUAAAUCUUAAGGUAUUUGACACAGCCUAAAAUAUGUGUCAAUAAACAGAAAUAAUAGUAUUUUCUACCUUGAUCCUCAAAGCUACAGCUGUGAAGGCAGAAUAAAUGGAAAAGUAGACCUCCAAGCCUUUGCACUAUGCAGUUUGCUUCACAUCUCUUGCCCAGACAGGCAGGGAUAUAUUGGAAAGGGUUGUACCUCCAAAAAAGAUACAGUGACCAGGCUCCUUGUUACCCCAGUUUCCCCUUUCCUUAGUCGUGAUCACCGUGAGGAUUUGCUACGUUUUUCAUUGUUUCUGAACCUGUUUUAGCCCUACUGCUACCAUUCAUAUAGAUUUAACCUGAUAUGUGCCAGAUCCUUUACUAGUAACGAAGAUUUCUGACGUCCUACCAGCCCUCAGAGACUUCACUGUAGAAGAGUACGGUUUCUUGUUAAAAUACAGACUCUGAUUCCAUAGGUCCGGGGUAGGACCCGAGAUUCUGCAUUUCUAACAAGCGCCCAAGUGAUGCUGAUGAAGCUGAUUCGAGAACAGCACUGAGUAGUAAUAGGUCGAGGAUUUUACAAACUGGUGGGUGGUGGGCGGCUCCAGGCAAAAGGCAAAGUCCGGGUUAACUGCCUGAAGACUUGAGGUGGUCUCCGCCCCUUUGCUUGAUGAGGUUCCCUCCCAGGAACCCGACACGUGACGGGCGGGACAGCCCUCACCGAGUACAAGAACCCUGUAAGUUCCGUGGCUCCGAAGAUGCCGCCCAACCCGCCCUCCCUGCUCCUGCGGCUUGUGCUGCUGGUGCUGCUGUCUCAGGCCGAAGGGAGAUUCACUCGCUCCUUCGUAGUGGAUCGGCAACAUGACAGAUUCCUCCUGAAUGGGGUCCCGUUCCGUUACAUUUCUGGCAGCCUGCACUACUUUCGCGUACCUCCAGUACUUUGGGCCGACCGGCUCCUCAAGAUGAAAUUGAGCGGCCUCAACGCUGUACAGUUUUAUGUGCCCUGGAACUACCAUGAGGCAGAGCCUGGGGUCUAUAACUUUAAUGGCAGCCGGGACCUCAUUGCCUUUCUGAAUGAGGCAGCUAAAGUGAACCUGUUGGUCAUACUGAGACCAGGACCUUACAUCUGUGCAGAGUGGGAGAUGGGAGGUCUCCCAUCUUGGUUGCUUCGAAAACCUAACAUUCGUCUGAGAACCUCAGAUCCAGCCUUCCUUGCUGCUGUGGACUCCUGGUUCGAGGUCUUGCUGCCGAAGAUAUAUCCAUUUCUCUACCACAAUGGGGGAAACAUCAUUAGCAUUCAGGUGGAGAAUGAAUACGGUAGCUACAAGGCCUGUGACUUCAAGUACAUGAAACACUUGGCCGGCCUCUUCCGUGCAUUACUAGGAGACAAGAUCUUACUCUUCACCACAGAUGGGCCUCAUGGACUCAAAUGUGGUUCCCUUCAGGGCCUCUACACCACUGUAGAUUUUGGCCCAGCUGACAAUGUAACCAAAAUAUUUUCCAUACUUCGGAAUUAUGAACCCCAUGGGCCAUUGGUGAACUCUGAGUACUAUACAGGCUGGCUGGAUUACUGGGGCCAAAAUCAUUCCACACGGUCCAGUCCAACUAUUGCCCACGCCCUAGAAAAAAUGCUCAAGAUGGGAGCCAGUGUGAACAUGUAUAUGUUCCAUGGAGGCACUAACUUUGGAUACUGGAAUGGUGCUGACGAGAAGGGACGCUUCCUUCCAAUCACUACCAGCUACGACUACGAUGCACCCAUAUCUGAAGCAGGGGACCCCACACCUAAGCUUUUUGCUAUUCGAAGUGUCAUCAGCAAGUUCCAGGAAAUUCCCUUGGGACCUUUACCUCCUCCGAGCCCCAAGAUGAAGCUUGGACCUUUGACUAUGAACCUGGAUGGGAAUUUACUGGCUUUCCUAGACUUUCUCUGCCCCCACGGCCCCAUCCAUUCAGUUUUGCCAUUGACCUUUGAGGCUGUCAAGCAGGACCAUGGCUUUAUGUUGUACCGUACCUAUAUGACUUACUCUGUUUUUAAACCAACACCAUUCUGGGUGCCAAAUAAUGGAGUUCAUGACCGUGCCUAUGUGAUGGUAGAUGGGGUAUUCAAGGGUGUUCUGGAGCGGAACUUGAAACACCAACUGUACCUGACUGUGAAGGCAGGAGCCAAGCUGGACAUAUUGCUGGAGAAUAUGGGGAGGCUCAGCUUCGGGUCUAACCACAGUGACUUCAAGGGCCUGUUAGAACCACCACUUCUGGGGCAGACAAUCCUCACCGAGUGGAUGAUAUUCCCUCUCAAAGUUGAUAAGCUUGUGAGGUGGUGGUUCCCCCUGCAGCUGCUGAAAAGAGCACAGCCUGAAGCUUCCUCUGUCCCUGCCUUCUACUCCACGACGUUUUCAAUUGUAGGCUUACUUGGGGACACGUUUCUCUAUCUACCUGGCUGGACCAAGGGCCAAGUGUGGAUCAAUGGGUUUAACUUGGGCCGAUAUUGGACAAACCGGGGCCCACAACAGACCCUCUAUGUGCCAAGACUUCUGCUGUUUAGCAGAUCAAUCAACAAAAUCACUUUGCUGGAACUAGAAAAUGUGCCUCAUGACCCAAAAAUCCAAUUUUUGGAUACACCUAUCCUCAAUAGCACUUUGCAUUGGGGGUAUACCUAUGUUCUCUCAGAGCAACAAAAGUCAUAUGAACCAAUGGAGUUAAGUGGGCACUGAAGAAAGAUUACCCUUGAGUCUGGGACACAGGGCAGGAUCCCUUGGUGCAGGCCACAGUGACCAUAAGAAUCAAAGGCUACAAUCCCUCUGAAUGUAAGUACACAUACAGUUUCCUUUCCAAACUUUACUGUGAUUAAAAUUCCAAAGACA